CUCUUUCUCUCUUUUCCUUGAAUCUCCUCCUUCUUCUUUUCGUCUGCUUUUGCUUCUGUUCCAUCUCUCUCUCUCUCUCUCUCUUUCUCUUGGCCUUCCCCUCUCUGGAAGUAAACCUUAUCAGCAUCGCUACCGCCAUGACAACACGAUUGCUGCUGUUGGCUAGGACACCGUCGAAGCACGCUAUGCGUUGUCAGUAUCAGCAGCAAACGUCGGCAUACUACACAAGUGCACUGCUUAAACAGCAAUCGAGUACGCUUGGCUUAUGGACUCCCUCGUCCUCACCGUCUCCACAAUACAGGGUAUCGUCAAGGACCCCAGCUGCUGCACGACGUAACCAUGGAUCACAUAGCCACAAUCAUCCAAUACACGCCGACAUUGCUACCACGUUUGAACACUCUGGAAAACGAGGUGUUCAAAUAACCAUGAUUGGCUUAGCAUCGAAUGUUGGAUUGACAGUGACGAAGGGCGCAGCUGGAUGGCUGAUGAAUUCUGCUGCAUUGUUGGCAGAUGCUGCACAUUCGUUUGGAGAUCUUUUAAGUGACUUUGUCACCUUGUAUACGUUUAAAAUGUCACGGAAGCCGCCGGAUCCGAUUUAUCCGUACGGUUAUGGCAAAUUUGAGACGGUCGGUUCAUUGGCCAUCUCGUCUCUCCUGAUCGCGGGCGCAAUCGGCAUCGGAGUACACUCGCUGGAAUUAUUACAGGCGACUCUGAACAAUGCAUCGACAAUAGAGGUUACGCAAGCGGUUCAGGAGACAGCACCCGUGGUCUUGGAUGCCCAACAGCAGGUCACGGAAAAGGCUGGCAGCUCGACGGCAACCCCAGCGUCGUUUGCAGCGAUACCGUCAAUAUUACAUGAUCACGCUUCACAUUCCGAUGGUUUGCUGAACCCAAAUGCAGCUUGGUUCGCCUUGGCAAGUGUUCUUGUCAAGGAAUGGCUAUAUCGAGCAACACUCAAGGUGGGUCGAAGUGAGCGGAGUGAAGUGCUAAUAGCGAACGCUUGGCAUCACCGAUCCGAUGCGUUAUCGAGUGGAGUUGCGAUGGUAGCAAUUGCAGGCAGCUAUGCAGGCAUAACUGUCCUUGAUCCACUCGGUGGAUUGGUAGUGGCAGGAAUGAUUCUGAAAAGCACAUUUGAAAUGACAACAUCCUCGCUCAGAGAACUAACGGACAGAGGCAUGGACGUGUCCGAAAUGGAUAAGAUAAGGCGGAUUAUGGCUCAGAUGAAGACCAUGGAACCCGACCUGAUCGAUUUCCAUUCAAUACGAGGUAGAAAGCAUGGUCCGUUCUAUCACAUAGAUAUGGCAUUAAAGGUAACUCCAGAAUUAAGUGUACACGAAGCACGUCGACUGGAACAUCGUAUCCGCACUGCAGUUCAGCGUGAUUGUGAUCAAGUGCAGCAAAUCCUUGUACGUCUAGAGACACCGUUACGACUGUAAAGACCCUAUUUUCUUCUUUCUCUACAUAUGCCCCCCCCCUCCUUCCCCGCUAGUUCUGUGUAUUUUUAUCGUUCUUCGUCUUGUGUAUUGCUUUUGUGUUCAUUUUGUUAUCUUGUAUGUUGUAAUUUUAUAUGAUAUAAACUAUCUUAUUUAUAUGGCCUGC